AUCGACUUCUAAAACACCAGCCAUCAACGCCUCCACCGCAAGAUGCAAGAUUCGUUGCGCGAGACGCUGCGGCAGCAGAAUCACCCCGAUGCAUGCGCAGAGCUGCAAAAGGCCAUUUCCACGGGAAAAGUCAAGCUCAAGAGCGACCUGAAGAAGUCGAGCGCGUUGGUGAAGAAACUCAAGGUUCUUGGGGAUGCGAAUCUGUCAGCGUGCUUGAAGGAUGUUGGCGAGCUCAACUUGACGCGGUACCUGAGCGAGUGCGUGGUCUCUCUCGUGGAAGCUGCCGGCGCCCUCAAGCCUAGCGAAGUGUCGUCGCACAUCCACCUCAUCAGCUCGUUGCACCAGCGCUACGGCGUGGCGGACAUCACGGACCCGCUUGUCCAGGCAUACUGCGCGGCGGCGUUCGCGCCGCCCGCCGCUCCUCCCGUCGACGCCUCCUCCAAGCAGCGUCAAAUCAAGCGUCGCUUGGUGACAUUGCGUAUCCUCACCGAGCUCUUCUUUGUGGGUGUGCUGGCCGACGUGUCGGUCAUCCACAGCAUCAUCCAUGCCGUGGUCACCCGCGAAGACUUGAAUGCAAAGCCGUCCAAGAAACAAGCGUCGUCGUCUACUCAAGGUAGUAGUAGCAGCAAGCAGCCUCCGCUGGACAUUCCGUUGCUCGUCAGUUUCGCCAAGUACGCCGGUGCCGACUUCUUUGGCGGCGUCUCGGACGCUGCUGGCGGCUCCACCAUCGCAGUGAUACCAAUCUCGGUUCAAACGCAGUUCCGCGCGCUGUUCGACCAAGCAUUCGACAUGAUCGCCGCCAUGUACAUCAGCCAGCACCAGACCGUACGCAAAAUGGAGAAGCGCAACAUGAAAGAAGAAGUCAACCGCGGCGAGCUGUGCGACGAGCACGUGGCCGACUUGGCGGCCGCGACCGUGCUCUGCGAAAAGCUCACGGGAAGCAUCACGACGCUAUCGGAGGCGCUGCAACGCCCCAUGCCAAUCCUUCCCGUAGAUAACUCGGACGAUGCGCAUUUGGCGCAGCUGCUUCUGUGGGACGGCGGCGAGGGGCGGGCAGAGCUGCACGCCGACGGACCGUUUGACGACGAGGACACGCGGUCAUUCUACGAGGACCUGCCCGACUUGCUGGAGCUCGUGCCGGCGGUGGUGCUGGGGCUCACAGAGGCCGAAGUGGCCGACUUGAAGCUCAAGAAAGCAUCGUCAUCGUCGUUGGCUGAAGCGGAAGCCGCCGCGGCGGACGUCCAGGAGGACGAAGGAGUGAUGGUCGACGAUCUGCCGCCGACGUCGGGUGUGGACGAUGCAGACGCGGCGGAUUCUGAAGCCCCCGGCCCCAAAACCUCGGACGAAGACCCCAAGCUGCCCAAUGAAACAAAAGCAGCCGCAUCAUAUCAUCACCAGAUGGACGCUUUCUUUGCAUCGUUGGAGGACAUGAUCAGUCGGGAUCGAUGCGAUAAGGCCGCCGUGGACUUUUGCUAUCGAAACACCAAGGCCACUCGCACAAGAUUGGUCAACACGCUGUACAGUGUGCCGCGCACACAUUUGGAGCUACUGCCGUACUACAGUCGUCUACUAGCCACGCUGGACAGCGUGCUCAAGGACGACGUGGGCGGGGCGCUCGUGGAGCUGCUCGUACAAGAGUUUAAUUACUUUCAGAAGAAGAAAAACCAGUACCGCCUCGAAUCCAAGGUCAAGAACAUUCGGUUCGUGGGCGAACUCACCAAGUUCAAAGUGGCGCCGCCGAUGGUCGGGUUUCGGUGUCUGCGACGGUGUUUUGCCGACUUUCAAGGCCACAACGUGGUGAUUGCGACCACGUUUCUCGAAACGUGCGGGCGAUUUUUGUACUGUUCCAAGUACACCCAUGUCCGCACGGCGCAGUGUCUGGAGAUCAUGAUGCGCCUGAAAGCAGCCAAACAUCUCGAUCCCCUCGCGGAUACGCUCGUGCAGAAUGCUUACUACAUGUGCAAGCCGCCCGAAGUGGUCACCCGCGUGAAAGAGCCGAAAGAUCCGGUGUACCUGUUCAUGCUCCAUCUGCUCUACACAGAGCUGGCCCCGGACAGCGUCGGCAAGGUCGUGCGCCUCUGUCGCAAGUUCGACUGGGACGACCCCCAGACCACCCACUGGUUUAUCAAAGCCGUGCUCAAAGUCACCACCGCCCAAGUGCUGCACAUGGCACUUGUGUGUGACAUCGUUGUCGGGCUCUCGAGGUACCACGAAGAAUUGGGUGUGUACAUCUUGGACACGGUGCUCGAGUCAAUUCAUUAUCACUUGACACUCAACAACUACAAGUAUCACCAGCGCCAUCUCGGUCUGGUUAAGCUGCUUGGGGAGCUGUACAACCAUCAGCUGGUCACGUCCGUGGUGGUGUUCGACAUGUUAUAUUGGAUGCUGCACCACUCCCAUGACAUGACCACGCUCGAUACCCCUCUCCCAGACGACUUACUUCGACGUAUUGCGGUCGUGCCAGACAUGAAGUUUGACCCACGGGUGCCGUCGGACGUAGACAACGACCGCAAUGUGUUUCGGGUGCGAUUGGUGUGUUCAUUGCUGGAAACGUGCGGGUCAAACUUUGAUCGAGGCAUCACCAAGAAAAAAUUGGAGCGAUUUUUGGUAUUUUUUCAACGAUAUUUGCUGGCCAAGGCCGAAAUUCCACUCGAAACCGAGUUUGUCGUGCUCGAUACGUUGGAAUUGCUGGGCGCCAAGGAAAAAGUAGUGCGGUACGACUCGUGGGAACAAGUGGACGCGGUCGCGCAUGCGAUAUGGGGCGUCGAGUUGCUCCAAGCAGAAAAGCGAUUGCUCAAGAACAAAUCGAGCCACGUUUUAGCGAUACCCGAAGAGUCGGACGACCACGACAACGACAAUGACGAUCGUUCGUCCAGCGGCGACGACGACGACGAUGACGACGACGACGACGAAGAGGCGCAUGAUGUGUUGCACGACGUUGCCACGUCCAGCAGCGACGACGACGACGACGACGACAGUGGCGAAGACAGCGAAGACGAGCAGAUCAUCGUCAAGCACGAGUCGAAAGUCGAAGAAGACUUGGAGUUUGACAAGGCGUUCAAGCUCAUGAUGCAGAGCAGCGCCGACUCGCGCAAGCACAUUCCGCGUGUGAACGUGGACAAGAUGGCCAUUCCCACAGUGGUCAAGACGACCCAUCAUGUCGACGUGGACACCGAUGCCAAAGCCGACUCGGCGGUGGUGUUUCGGCUGCUCAAACGAGGCAACAAGGGCAAGUUGGAAGCACGCGAAAUCCUCGUACCUCAAGCGACGUCGUUGGCCCAGCACAGCCAGCGCCAGGAGGAUGCAGGCAAGAAGGAGCAGUCCGAGCUCAAGCGGCUCGUGCUGCUGGGCGUCGAGCGCGACGAAAUGAACUACUUUGACGACACUAACGACGACAUCACGGGCAUGCCGCCGCCGCCGCCAAACCACACGACUCGGCACUAUGUCAAACCCCCCCGUCGCGACCAAAACAGUAGCAGCUCGUACAUUGUGGCCAACCCCACGGGGCGGGGCGCGUCGUGGGGGUCGUUGGAGUCGUUUUUAGAUACGAAGCGGACGUCCAUCGUGGGCGUGGGCCCCCCGCCGCCCCCCCUUCCCCAGCAGCCGGCGCCGGCUACGCGCGGCGGACGCGGGGGGCCUGGCGGCCGCGGGUACCGCAGUGGACGAUAAGCAUGUCGGGGAUAUGAAAGAUGACGAAGGAGACAUCGACAUUCGCCACGGCAGCGCUGACUGGCUGGUCCCAUACAGUCGUUUCGAUGGGCCUGCUACGAGAAACCGACACACGCACCUGCGAUACGGUUGGUGGAAUCUGCGGGGCCCGAGUGGGAAUGUAUGUGUGUGUGUGUGCCGCCAAGCGCGUCGCUUUUUGUGAGAGUGAUGUUCUUGGUUUGUAGAGCAGAGCGGAAGAGGAGCUUGGUAUAACCUAAUCCAGAAGCCAACGUGCUACCAGAUUGAUGCAGCAGC